ACAUGAUAUCACGUGGUUGUUAUGAGACUUUGCGAGUGUUUUGUGCGGCUGGAAGUUGUGUGAUGGUCCGUGUUAUUGUGGCUUUGAGGAAGCGUGUUCAGGCACAAAAGAGGUCGGUUCGCCAGACGCAAGCCCCUAGAAAUCGACAGCUCAUGGAAGCAUCAUCGCUGGGACGUUAAUUCCUCUGAGAACCCAAGAAUCCAAAAUCAAGGACGUCGAUGCGACUACAGGGCGGCGGCCGGGCUCUAGACCGCUGACGGUGUGAUGUUCCCCCAUCGCAGGAUGCCUUGCCACAUCACCAUCCUCUACGUCCACAGCAUUGUCAGCCUCGCCGCGCUCUUCCAUGCGACGCUGGUGGCAGCCGAGAUUGUUGUGAUACCUCUUCACACCAAUUCGACGCCAGAGCUAAAGCACAUCUUUGACCAGGAACUCAGCUUCUCGGCAAUGAUACCCGAUGAAGGGGUUCCGGGCCGGCUAGAGAUUGCGUCGCCACUGACUGCGUGCUCGGCGAUCAGGCCCCCUCCCUUCCCGUCCAACGACAGCUUUGCCUGGUUCGUGCUCAUUGCCAGGUUUGAGUGCGGCUUGGCCGAAAAGGCACGUUUUGCGCAGGAUGCUGGCUACGAUGUAGCUGUGAUCUAUGACCGCAAGGCUCACAACAAUGGUCCCUUUGAGACUCACAUCACUCCAGAACCCAAGUAUUACCCUGCCAAAGCGAGGAGCAAGAGCAGUUCGAAACGAGUCGCCGUUGGGGUUGCAGGCAGGGACGAGAACGACCUCAACAUCUACGCAGUCAUCGUGAGCGAGGAGAGCGGCAUACGGCUCAAGCGGUACACCUACAAGGACGACUACGAGGUGAAGCUGUACCCCGAGACGUACCAGAGCCUCUUCAACUACCUGGUGCCGUUCCUGGUGGUCAUUGGACUCUGCAUCGGCUGCUUGCUCUGCUUCAUGCUCUUCUUGUUGCAGAUGUGGCGCUACUUCCGGGACUGGCGCAGGAAGAGGCGCUCCCGCCUCUCCCGCAGGCACCUGAGGAAGCUGCCCGUGACCAAGUUCAAGAAGGGCGCCCCCUACGAGACGUGCGCCAUCUGCAUCGAGGACUUUGUGGAGGGGGACAAGCUGCGCACGCUGCCCUGCUCGCACGCUUACCACUGCAAGUGCAUAGAGCCGUGGCUGCUGGAGAACCGGCGGACGUGCCCCAUCUGCAAGCGCAAGGUGGUCCUGCCCGGGAUGGACCCAGACUCUGACUCCGAGUCGGAGGCCGACGCCCCCCACUCCGAACGCACCCCGCUGCUGUCCGGAGGGGGCGGGGGCGGUGGCGGGGGCACCUUCGACAGCCCCCCGCCCCGGGAGCUCCCGCGGCAGGCCCCCCCGCCCACCGGCCAGAUAACGGUGGCGACCGCCACCUUCCACUGCGAGGACGGGGCGAGCCACUCAUUACCGACGCACGUGAGCACGGCCCACUCGCUGAACCGCGACACGGAGAGCGGCGGCAGCAGCGUCGAGGAGGAGGUGGCCGUGAGGCCCGCCCGGCCGAGCUCCUCCUACGACCCUGGCCUCCACAGCGUGCUCUCCUAGGACGCUUGGAACGUGCUGUCCUGCCGCAGGACGGGUUCCGGCGAGUCAAGGGACGGGUUCCGGCACGUCAAGGGACGGGUUCCGGCGUCGGGCCGGCCUUUUGGCGUUUGACUCCUCGCGUGCCACGUACAGCGAGCCAGUCGGCUUGCCGGACUGCUCAUCCAAACCGAGCCACUGCCCCGGACUCCGUUGUUGCCUGUCGUCGUCUCUCAUAUGAGACGAAAGGGUACAACGAAGGCGAGGCUAACAAAGGCUGUAUGCUCGCCGACGGCCUCAAAACUGCAGAAGACGCCUGCUUGUUGCAGCUUUCAUUAACGUUGAAAAGGGCCGCGGAAGCCUCGCAACAGUGACGACGGGCGAGUUGUCGCCUGGAGCUGCUAGAAAUCAACGUGUAUGGACCCUGGUCGACAUUAGAGUUAAGAUCGAGCGACGGUUUUCGCCAGUCCAGUUCGGAGCAAAGUGUCCGACAAUUACGGAUAUUUCGACUGCCGGUGAUCGAGGUCAAUUACACCUUACAAAACGUAGCUACGUCCAGGCGGAAACUGUCGUCGUGUGCCCGUGACCUCUGGGCACGGUCUGUGACGAAUCUUUUUGUACGGAUGACUCGUGGACACUUGAGCUAUUGUAGAUAUCCAUCUUGUUGUUUUGCGAUGUGAACAUUGUUGCGAUAAUGAGGGGAAGCGGAGGCUUGUCGCCGUUUCGCAAGAGAGAAUGUUUCUUAACGAGCGUGUUACCUUGCGAUAGCCACUCGUCCGUAGCCCCGAUGUAUGUUUUAGAGAAAUGGAAUGGUGGCGGACUUUGGAGUAAUGAUCUUUGCAUAAGUCAUACUUUUCUGUUUUGGCGUGCUCUGUACGAAAAGCGAGCUGGAAAUGGAUAUUACAACACCUCAUUUUAAAUGCACCGUUUGCGUGCCACUGCAAGUUCGUUGCACGGACACCCGCUUUCCAGUAUUGCGAAGCGCGUGUUACGACGACAUGUUGGAUUGAGGUCCAGCUGUGUGCUCGAGUGACAAUGUUUUUAUCCAUGGCAGAUCCUUCUAAUAUAUGCCGAGUGGCUUCUGCCUGCUUCUCUGGCGAUAUGUGUAAAUACGAAUAUAGUCUAUUGUUUGGCUAGGUCAAUCUUUGCAAUCUGAAGAGGAAAUAUACAUAUUGUGCUCGUCAAUAAGCUAGGCUUAGUUGCUUAAACUGUACUCAAUUUGACAUUGGGCUUUUGCACACGUUGCCGUUCGCCUAGAAUCAAAACGCACUGCGUGCGGUUGCAAUAAGGUGUCUCGUGUCUGCAUAACCCUCGCACGCGUACCCGAUCGUGGCAAGGUUUGACGGCAGGAGGCCUCGGACCUUGCUGCUGAAAUGUGCCUGAAAACGCAGACGUGGGGCGGGGCUGUGGUGCUCCCAAGAUUGGCCCUAGUCACUUUGUUCGCCCUGACAGACCUUGUGUGCACGCCUCAGUUGCGUAUGCGGAGCAUUGAUAUCCUUCUGGUGCAUUCCCCAGCUUGCGAAAGAGUGAGACCAGCCCCUUUGGACGAUGACGCGAAAUAAAUGUUUAUUUAAGCGACUUUGUCUCUGUUGUUAGAAUCUGAAAGGCAAACAAAAAGUGUGAUUAACAAACGUGUGUGCCCAGACAACGUGUCAAAUGAAGUUGUUUGUCUUUACAGGGGAGUUGUGAAACCAGCCCUAUUAUAUUAAACUUUUUAUAAGAAACGUG